AUGGACAAAAUCGUCCCUUUCAACAGAUUCCCGAAUUUUCCUCCCAAGGCCUUCAAGGGCAAGGUGUUACGUCCCGGUGACGCAGGAUACGAUGAGGCCCGCAAGAUACCCAACACCCGAUACGGAAGUGAGCCAGCUCUCAUAGCGCGGUGCUAUGAUGCCGACGAUAUUGUCAUGGCGGUCAAGUACUGCAAUGCUCAUAACGAACCAAUUGCUAUACGUAGUGGUGGGCAUUCUAUCGACGGCCACGCCAUGCCCCAAGACGCUUUUGUCAUCGACACAACUCUGAUGAAGCGCAUCCACGUUGACCCUUCCACGGGCAUCACCACUAUCGAAUCUGGCGUUCUUCUCGGUGAAAUGGACGCAGCGACUCAGAAACACGGCUAUGCUGUCCCAUUGGGCACGGUUUCAUCAACAGGUGCCGCUGGCUUAACACUAGGAGGCGGGAUCGGAUAUCUCACGAGACGAUUCGGCAUGACGGUCGACAGCUUACUUUCCGUGGACGUGGUAACAGUUGCAGGCGCGAAGCUCACAGCGUCAGAAACCGAAAACUCAGAGCUAUUCUGGGGUCUCCGAGGCGCUGGACACAAUCUCGCCAUUGCCACCUCCUUCACAUACCAGGCGCACAAGGUCGGACCCCAAGUCACCAGCGGCCUGAUCAUCUACUCCAUCGACAACGCGGUGCCUAUCCUAUCGCAGAUGGACAAGAUCAUGCGAAAAGCACCGCGGGAACUCUCCAUAUAUCCGGUGAUUCUACCAGCACCACCUCUCCCCGGCCUUCCAGAACAAAUGAUCGGCGUCCCCAUCCUGGUGUUAAUCAUUGUGUACAGCGGUGAGGCAGCCAAGUACGAGGAGGCCAUGUUCGCGGUCCGUGAGCUGGGUCAACCACUAGCCGACAUGGUCCGGCCAACGUCAUGGGUCGAAGCGAACUCGAUAUUAGACGUGCUCGCUCCGCCUGGUCGUCGACAACAUUCCCGUGGCGGCUAUCUCGCAGCCCUCACGCCCGAGGUAGCUGCCAAGGCAGUCGCGAAAGCAAUGUGUCCUCCAACACCAACCAGUCCUGGUCCCAGCGUUGCCAUUGCGUUUCCCUGUCUUGGAGGCGCGAAUCUGGACUUUGCAGAAGACUCAACCGCGUAUUCGCGCACAGGGGCCCAUUGGAUGUGGGAAGUGCUGGGGAUGUGGGAUACGCCGGAGAAGGAUGCCGAGUUUGACGGCUGGGUCGACAGCGUGAUGGACGCCAUGACGCCUCACUCGCUGAGGAAUGCGUACGUCAACUUGUCUGUUGAUCGGGGGCCGGAGUGGCUGCGCAAUGUCUACGGGUCGAGGAAGAAGUGGCGGCGUGUUUGUGCGUUGAAGCAUCAGUAUGAUCCGCAUAACCGCCUUCGAUAUAACAAGAACAUUACGAGGGCGCAGAAGGUGCUGGGCAGGUCGUCGUUUUGCACGUGGAUCUAG